UUUUUCAUCAUCUGUGUUCCGACUUCUUAAUUUAUGAGGAAAAUGUCUUUUUGGCGCUCUGUGACUUUGAACUUCUGUUUGCUCUUUGCUUUUAACUUUACCCUCAUUCAGUAUUUCAACAUCUGUAUUCAUUCCGUGACGUUCAACUAAACCAUUGUUCAUAUUCUUAUUAAAAUUUUGUAAGUCUGCGGUUUCUGGUUCAAGCUCAGCAGCCUCCUUUUUCAAACUCAACCAGUCCUUUGCUUCAUCUUUUGAAAUCUUCUUCUCGUAAAUCACAUACCCAUCUUUGGUCACAUACUGUAAUACAGGCGUGAGGAGGUCCCUUCUGUUGUGUCUGUGCCUUUUGGACUUGUGUUUUCUGUUCAUUCGGCUACCCAUUCUGUUCAUUCUCCUUCUAAACCCUCGACUUCCUCUCCACACGCCGCGCUCUUCAGAACAAAAGUCGCAAUCUUCGUCAAAUGAGGUGUCAGUAUCACUGCUUCUGUCAGUGUCAUAUCUUGGUGGUCUUCUAGUAUGGAAUUCAAGUAUUCUUUUGUUUUUUUCUCGUAAUUUUUUGUAGGAUGGGUCGGGUGAGUAGAACGGCAUGACGAUGACCGGCAGUUUGUGAGGUGAACCUCCGCCUGGCAUGGGCAUUGGCAUGGGUCCUGGAAUACCUGGAGGAAAACCAGGCAUACCGGGAGGAAGAGGUGGCAUGCCGGGAGGAAGACCUGGGAUGCCGGGAGGAAGGCCUGGCAAACCUGGAGGAAAUCCUGGCAUACCUGGUGGAAGGCCUUGCACACCUGGAGGAAGUGCAGGAACGGGAAAUGGGACAGGAGCCGGGAGUUUAUCCGGAGGAGGACUACGAAAGUAAUCUGGUGGAAUGGUGGGGAUUCCACCGAUCGGCAAGCGACAGUGCAUCGAUGCAUCUAUCCGUUAUCCAUGUUAUUAUAAGCGUACAAGUUUUUCAUCAAGCGCGGUUACAAUUUAUGCCUCCUAUGCCAUACCCAAUGCCAAUGGGCAUGCCAGCAGGGCCAGUGCCAGCGCCUAUGCCCCUACCCAUGCCUUUAGGCAUGCCAGCGGGACCAAUGCCAGCACCUAUGCCCAUGCCCAUGCCAAUGCCACUGCCUCUGCCCCAGCCGAGACUGCCAGUUGUAGUCAUGCCCUACUACUCUAAAGCAAAGAAAAGAAGACCUGCCAAACGCUAUAGAAAAAGAAGACCCAGAAGGAAGUAUGUGAGCUCUUCUUGUGAAAGUUCUGACACGGAUGUCUCGUCAUCUUCAGACAUCGACUUCAGAGCGUCCCAGAGGAGGAGUCGACAGGUGCUGACUCCUGUGGUCUCGUACAUGACGAAAAACGGCUACGUGGUUUACCAGAAGAAGAUAAAGAACGAAAAAGCGAAAGACUGGCUGCGAACGAACGGAGGUGCUGAAGAAAUUAGAGACGAAGAACUGACUGAGCAAGAUCUGUGGAAGGAGAAGCUCUCUAAGAGGAAGCGACGUCAUCAUAAUCACUGA